UGGCAGGAAAUCCCACGCUCUCACUUUUCCGAGAACCAGACGAAUCCCCGCCCCGCCUCUUGUGUGUCUCUACGCAAAACCCUAUCGCCAUUUAUCUCCGCCCUUCGCCAUUCACCACCAUACAAUCCCGUAUCGGUGAUCUCUCUCUUUUCAUCGGUAUAGAACUCGCUUUUGAGUUUUAACCCUUCUUAAAUCCUGGGUUCUCUUCCCUUUUUCUAGCCUACAAUCUUUCUUCGUCUUCGUCCUCGUGAAUGUCUGUGUUGUGUUAUUAAGCCUUGUUUGCUUCUCCUCAGAAUAGUCCAAAUUUGAAACAUCCUAUUCAAAUCCUAGAGAACCCAGUUUCUUUUUUUUUUUUUUUUUUGUUUCCUUUCUUGAUUUUUGUUCAUUCUUUUUUCUUAUCCCUUUCGCGUCCACACAAAAAGGGGGAAGAAUGGCUGUUGCUUAUCCCCAUUUCAUUGGCUCAGAUAAUCCAGCCAUGGAGGCGGGCUUGCCUUCUCUGUCUCCGCCCAUGUCACCUCCCGUGAUUCUCACCCAAGACGAACUUAAAAAGAUUGCCGCUUACAAAGCCGUUGAGUUCGUUGAAUCGGGGAUGGUUAUCGCUCUCGGUACCGGCUCCACAGCCAAACACGCCGUUGACCGUAUUGGGGAGCUGCUGCACCAAGGCAAGCUCAAAAACAUUAUCGGAAUUCCGACUUCUAAGAAGACGCAUGAGCAAGCUUUGUCCUUGGAUAUCCCUCUCUCGGAUCUUGAAUCGCAUCCCGUCGUCGAUUUAGCCAUCGACGGCGCCGAUGAAGUCGACCCUCACCUCAAUCUCGUCAAAGGCCGAGGUGGGUCGUUGCUUAGAGAAAAAAUGAUAGAAGGAGCAUGCAAGAAAUUCAUUGUUAUUGUUGAUGAAUCGAAAUUGGUUAAGCAUAUAGGCGGCAGUGGGCUGGCUAUGCCCGUGGAGAUUGUGCCAUUUUGUUGGAAAUUUACUGCACAGAGGCUGCAAAAGCUGUUCGAAGACUCUGGUUGUGUGGCUAAGCUGAGAAGAGCCACUGGCUGCGGCGGCGCAGACAAGGGAGACCCGUUUGUUACUGAUAAUGGGAAUUAUAUAGUAGACUUGUAUUUCAAAAAGGACUUUGGUGAUCUCAAGGCUGCAAGUGAUGCAAUCUUGCGGCUUCCCAGCGUUGUGGAGCACGGUAUGUUUAUUGACAUGGCUACUACAGUGAUUAUUGCAGGUGAGCUAGGUAUUAAGAUCAAGAACAAAUAACAUCUUUGGAGAAUACCAGAUGGAGGAGAAGCUGGAGUAGUUUUACUUGAUCGAGAUUUAAGAUGGGUUUCUAACAAGUUUUUACCUUGGGGCUUAUGUUUUAUUUUAUGGGCUUCUGAAAUUCCAAGUCAAACUGGUGAGGAAUUUUGAUUAUUUAACAGAAAAAGGGCGUUAUUUUUUUGGAUUCCGACGACAUCAGUUGAUGUGAUUAUGUGGGGAAGAGUCUUCCUCACAGACAGUUUUGUUAUUUCUUGAGGUAGUUAAGUGAAGAAAAGCAUUUAAAAUUAGUGACCUUUAGAGGUUUAUGUAAACAGCUGCUUGCUACGAUGACUAUGUCAGCUGUCCUUGUAUUCAAUAAUUCAAUACUAAAUCUUUUCACAAUUUGUUUUA